UUAUGCGCCUGUCCCAUUCGAAUACCUGUGUUUGUUAAUCAAGUGGUCCUCGAGUAUAAAAUCAAAAUUCAACCUUUUGGCGCCCUCACAAAUUUUGUCUCCUGUCCAUUGUAAUGGAACGUCGUUGUAUAGUUUGUGGGCAAACUCCAACAUCAGGGUUUACCUAUCCACACAAUAUGGAUGAAGCUGUCAACUGGCAAAAUAUGCUUGCUUGUUUUGUCCCCGUCGAGACAUUGCUCCACCACUGUUGCGUUUGUCAUAAGCACGUCAAUCGAUCAGAGCAGGUGCAGCAACGUCAAAAACAGAAGGAAACCAGGGUCGACGAUCUGAUUGAGCAGCGGCGAAGUGUCACUUUCAACAAGGCUGACGCCGUUCUUUACUUUGGCCAACAGAGCAAGAAAGCACCACAUAGUUGCACUCAGUUUGUAAGCGCAAAGAAUUCGAACGAGCUGCAGACGAAAAAUAAUAGAUUACGCAUAAGUGAGGCAGCACAAUUGUUGAACAAUCCGCAAGCGAAAUACCGUUGCAACUAUAUUGAUACUGCGACCUUCAACGGCCAUCCAGGGUCCCAGACCAAAGUAAAUAACAUGGCGGCCACAAAUCCGUUGAGCAGGGAAAACAGAGAAGAGGAUACGCUAGACAAUCAGUGGGCUACCAGACGAACUUCUGGUAAUGAGACAUAUGCUUCUCAAGUGGCCAUUCAGUGCCAAUGUGGCUCCUCUUCUGAAACUAUCGACUUAAGAAAUGCGAGACAACAAAAUUUUGAGACCAAAAGACCAAUGAGAAAAGCUCCAACCGCCACGAGAAGCAAUUCACCUCCAUGCAUAUGUGGAUCUAGUUGUCCAAUAGCCAUGACAGCCGAAAGGCCAAUGAAUCAACAGCAUCCUCAACGAAUGACUUAUCCAAGCAGGACUGGAACGCCGCAAGUAUGCAAAAGUUUUUGUGCGGUGCAAUCGUUUAAUUCUGCACUGAAAAAUGACAGCGGUUUUCCAAUCAACAUAAGCAGCAAGCUGGAGGCAUUUCAACAACACAAACAACAACACAAACAACAACAACAAAUACAACAACAAAUACAACAACAACUUCAAAUGCAACAACAACAGCGGCCACAACAACAACAACAGCGGCAAAGGGCACAACAAAACCAACAGUGUCAAAGUUCUCUGGCUUCUAGAGUGCGCGAUCAGAUGAUGCAAUGUCCAUCCCAGAAGUUUAAUCAAGUGCCAGCAGCACAGGAAGAUGAAUGUAUUUGUUGCCCACCAGAUUGUAUUGAUAAUACUUCGCCGCGGGCUGAUGGCAAAGCCAAACCAGCUCCGGUGAGCUCAGCAAUCCCGAAACCUCAAAUGGCGCCUUACAAGCCACAACAGAACAGGAAAAACAUGACGGACAUUCCACGAUCACCGCCGGUCAGUGUACUAAUUAUGGGUGGCUCCAAUUUGCCCACGUACUGUAAUACGACGAGUUUUCGCGCACAACCAUCGCAUAGCUCGGAAAUUUGUGUGCUGGAGUCGGACUUUACGCGAGAAGGAGCUGUCUUCCCAGACAUUGAUGAGCCCAAUUAUACAGUCUGUCGUGCGCCAGCCGAACCAACAAAUGGGGAGAAUGGACUUUCGGAUAAGAACUCCACGGAAGUGUUACUUUUGGGCAUAGCUCAGCCUGAGAAAAAUCCAUGUUUUGAGCGUACAGAAAACAACGGUCUUCCAGCAAAGCUGGCCCAGCCGGAAGUCCCACAGAAGUCAGAUGCAUCUGCGAUCAGCAAGGAGCAGAGCACACGCUUGGAUGAGCUUGAACAGCUAUUGACCCAACAGCGGCAACUGCAGCAGACCAUUCAGGCCAAAUUAAAUGAGCUACAGGGCAAGACAGCUCCGGCAACGCCUCGAAUGAGUGCAGGCAACGCUACAAAGCCGAGAAGGGCGCCUCCUAUUCGAACCGGCCCGAAUCCAACACAGCGAAUUCUAUCAACAAUGUCCAGCUACAAGACAAAGUGAGUGAGGGCGUAAAUCGCACUGUUUAGAAGUGUCCCCAACUCAAAUUUGUACACGAAAUCAUAGUUACCAUAAAAUUUACAAAAAAACAAACAAAAAAAAUUCAAUAUAUUUGACGAAUUUUAAGUAAAAAUUUAACCGUUGCAAUGA